AUGGCCGCUAAAUCGGAUGGUGCAGCCGUCUCCUUGCAAAACGAAACAGCGCCCGCGUGCCUGCCCGGUCCCCAGCAACGGUCGCCACAGCCUCGCCAACCCGCUCAGCGCUACACGGUUCUGGACUGCUGCUGGACACUCUGUGCCCUUUUGGUCUUUUUCUCGGACGGGGCCUCAGACCUGUGGCUAGCGGCCGACUAUUUCCUAAGGGGGAACUACUGGUGCUUCGCGCCGACGCUGGUUUUCAUUAUUGUCCCGUCUCUGGUUGUGCAAGUGCUCAGCUUCCGAUGGUUCGCCUACGAUUUCGCCGACACCAGUGCGAGCGACACGGCAGCAGCCGCGGUGGUCGCGGCGUCUGGCGGUGGCGGUGGAGGUGCGGAUAGCCAUUUCAGCACCAAGGGCAGCGGCGAUCAUCAGCGGGGCGCUGGCCGCUCGGAUGCGACUGAUGAGGCGCUGCCUGCUGCCGCCACGAAAACUCGAACCACGGCAGAGAGCUGCUGCAGAGCCUGCGUGUGGCUCUUCCAGAGCCUGGUUCACAUCCUGCAGCUGGCUCAAGUCUGGAGGUAUGUCCAUGCCAUGUACCUGGGCGUGCAGAGCCGUUGGCGUGGCGACCACGAGCGGCGUCACUACUACUGGCGGCUGAUGUUCGCCAGCGCCGACAUCAGCAUGCUGAGGCUGCUGGAGAUCUUCCUCAAGAGCGCCCCCCAGCUGGUACUGCAGCUCUGCAUCAUGGUGCAAGCCAACCAGGUGCUGCCACUACAGGGUCUCUCUGCCUCUGCAUCGCUGAUCUCCCUGUCGUGGAUGAUGGCCUCCUACCAGAAGGCCCUGCGUGACUCGCGGGACGACAAGUUGCCCAUGAGCUACAAGGCGGCGGUGGUGCAGCUGCUGUGGCACCUCUUCACCGUGGGCGCCCGCACCAUGGCCUUCGCCCUCUUCGCAUCCAUAUUCCAGCUCUACUUUGGCAUCUUCAUUGUGGCACACUGGUGCGCCAUGACCUUCUGGAUCAUCCAGGGCGAGACGGACUUCUGCAUGUCCAAGUGGGAGGAGAUCAUCUACAACAUGAUGGUGGGCAUCAUCUACAUCUUCUGCUGGUUCGGCGUGCGCGAGGGCCCCACGCGAUGCCGUCUGGCCCUCUACAGCCUGGUGGUGCUGGCCGAGAACGUGGCACUGACGGCCGCCUGGUUCCUGCACCGCGGCGGCGGCGGCGGGCACACCUCCGACUUCCACGCCGUGGUGGUGGUGUGCGUGGUGGCGUGCAGCUACGCUCUCGGCACCUUCUUCAUGUUCGUCUACUACUGCCUGCUGCACCCGGACGGGCACGUGACCCCUGGUGGUGGGGGGCUGCUGGGGUGCUGCGUGGUGGAUGACUCGGCCGUGGCGCCGCUGGAGGCUCUGGUGGCGUCGCCGGCCUCUGGAGGAGGAGGUGGUGGUGGUGUCGCUGCGACCCCUGGUCAGCUCCCACCCCCUGACUUGGUGGCCAGCCCCCCCAGGACCCUGCAGAGGACUAAAGGGGUGGAUCGUGGGGAUGGUGGUGGUGGUGGGGGUAUCGACGGGGACGUGUUUAAGGUGCGGCGGGCCCCAGGCUCUCGCACGGGCACUUUCAGCCGCAGGACGCCCGCCCAGCGGCUGACGCCCAGGACAGAGGGGCCGGUGAUCCGCAUCGACCUGCCCAGGAAACAGUACCCGGCCUGGGACGCGCACUUCAUCGACCGCAGGCUGCGCAAGACCAUCCUGGUGCUGGAGAGCGCGGCGCCUGCCACGCCCAGGAUACAGUACCGAUGCCUGGGCACGCCCAAGGAACUCAUGGAGUACGAGACCACCGUGUGA